AAAAAUGUGUUUGUUGAUGAAUUGAUGAUGACUACUUGAGUGUUUUUCACCGACAAUUUCAUAAAAAAGACAAUGCAGGACUUCACGAGUAUAUUGAACAUCAUAUUCAUUAUAAGCGGUGGCGUUCUAACGUUUGUUAUCCUGUUCAUAUUUGCUAAAAGGCAAAUUACGAGAUUUGCUCUGAGAUCGCGUAGAGGUCCGCACGUCCCCAUUGGAGCUGACGCGAAAAAAUGUCUGAAGAGAGAAAUUGAGAGGCGGAUAGAAGCGGUGCCUCGCAUAAUGCAUGAGCCUCGCUUACUGAGUGCUGAGCCAUCUCACUACAUUCUGGAACCACAGCAGCCAUAUCACUACAGAUUCAGGGCUGUAGAUGAUGUGAAAACACUGGAAGAUGAAAUCGCCCACCAAGAGCCAGGAUUGCGCAGGCACCCGCGAGAGUCCCUCCGAGCAUUCCUCCUCUCCUCCCUAGCGGCACCACUGGAUGGUCACGGUCAGAAACUCGUGCACCAGUUCUGUGAUACCUAUGAGUACGCGAGGCACCAUCCUGGCGAGUUCGGGGAAGACGAAUACCAGGCUUAUAGUAGACUGCUGCUUAAACUGUUGGAUGCGGCUAGGUUGUUGAAGAGUGUGGGCGCGUGUGUUCGUGGUUCUCCCCGCUCCAGUCCGGGACGUCGGCCGCGGUUGCUGGACGCGGCGAGACUGAGGCCCGGCGCGUUGGCUGCGCUACCCGGCGCAAACAAACUACCUACAGCGCAUAGACACUAUACGGCGUUGGAGAACAUGCCUAUCGAGUCUAAGCUAGAAGACGAGGUGAUCCGCGUAGGACUUCGGAGUCCGGAGACUAAACCGCCCGCGGAUGAGACGGCCAAAGCAAGGAAGCGAUUGUGCGACCAACGGGCGGCAAAAGGAGUCUUGGAGAUCAAGUCGCCAGCAGACUGCGCCCGGCGUCUCCACUAUCUCACUAUAAGCUUCCCUGUAGACUUUGCAGAAACCAUAGACUCGAAAAACUUAGUCAUACCUGAAUUACUAUAAGCUUCCCUGUAGACUUUACAGCCACCAUAGACUACAGAGAUCCACCAAACACAUAGAAAAUGGACCAGCAAAAACCUGGAUUAAGUUACUCACCCUCUAGAAAGAAAUAUAGCGAUAGAUCUACAGGCAAAGAAGUAGAGUCUCUAGGUCAAACCGCCCGUAGACAUAACGGCCGUGUGACCGCUCCCACAGCACUAUCUCUCUAUACGCUUCUCGGUAGCCACCAUAGACAAAGUCCAAGUCUUUUCUUUGUAGCCACCAUGGACUGUUGUUGAUGACUUUGUAAUACCUGUAUUAAGUUGAUUAUACUCAAGAGCCGCCAACAGACGAGACGGCCGUCUGACAUCUGCAUGUCUUGAGGUUUUAUUGUAGACUUUGCAGACACCGUAGUCUCAAGGUAAUGAACUGAGCAAUACCUCCAUUACCUUGAUCGUACUCUAGAUAGAGAGCAAGCGAUAGACCAAAGGGCCAAUAAGUAAGGAGUUUAGAGAUCAAACCGCCCAUAGAUAAGACGGUGUGACCGCGCCUGGGUUUUUCACUAUAUCUCUACACGCUUCUCUGUAGCCUUUGCAGCGGUUAUAGACGAAGUCGUUGUCUCUGGAGUCACCAUAAACUCAAAAGAGUGAAUUGACUUGUACCCAUAAUAUGAGCACCUCAAUUUACGAUAGAUCACGUUUUUAUCGCGUCUAACUGUCAAAUUCCACAGUAAUGUGACAAUUAAGCGUGAUAAAAUCGAGUUAUAUAUAAUAUCGCGGUAUUUAAGGGGGGGCUGGAUAAAGUUGACCACCUCUUAGAAAGAGAAAGCGAUAUCGUACGACCACCGAGCAUUUCGAAUUCAAGUUUGGCGGCGUGCGGGGAGGGUAACCCGCUUUUUAAUUAGUGACGUCACAGUCGGAUGACAAGGUGCGUUCCCAGACCCGUCUUUCCCAGUGGGCACUUUGGGCAAGUGCCUAGGGCCCCGCGAUCAAUAGGGGCCCCCCUCAGAUCAAAUACAAAGUCCCUAGUUCAUAG